AUGGCCGCCGCCAUCAGCGCCGGCCUCCUGGGCCGCGGCCACAGGAUCCUUCUCCUGUGCCACACACGGAGAGCAUUUGCGUCGCAGACGGAUGGGGAAGUCAGGGUGGUGCAAGUCCUCAAAGAAAAAUUCCCUCGGGCUUCGGCCAUCAAAGUAGUGGAUAUAUCAGGAGGCUGUGGAGCAAUGUAUGAAAUUCAUAUAGAAUCUGAAGAAUUUAAAGAAAAGAGAACUGUCCAGCAACAUCAAAUGGUUAAUCAGGCACUAAGUGAAGAAAUUAAAGCAAUGCAUGGACUACGGAUAUUCACAUCUAUUCCAAAGCACUGAAGAUGAACCAGGCAGCAUUGUUAGAAACCUGUGUGGAGAUAGGACACCUAUGGGCAUGAGACAAAACAGGAAGUUUGUAUUAUGGACUUAUCUUUAAAUCAAUAUUUAAUGGUGUUAAAACAAAGACUGUAAGUAUUUCAGAAGCUAUUUAAAGAGAGAUCCUAUUUCAUGUUUAUUUAAUUUUAACUUGUAGAUUGAUUUCUUAUCCUUUCAUAAAGUACCUGAUGCCAAAUCUUAGUUGGUUACUUUAUCAAAAAACUAAUCACUGUAAGUCAAGGAUGGAACUGGAAUGCCAUGGUUUGUGGAGCAUGUUGCAGAGGGAAGUAUUGGCUUCCAAAGUAUCUUUCAUUACUAACAUCUAGUGGAAAAGGACCCCAGCUGUGGUGAUUCUACAAAGAGAUCAUGAACAAAAAAACCCAAAAUAAUAAUGUAUGUUUUUGCUGCCUACUUCACUAGUGUUCUGGUGUAGCUCAGAGGAAACCAGGGCAGUGAGGAAAGCUUACAAAGAAAUUACUUCAGAGGCUGUAUAGUCCCCUAGUCAAUGUGCCUUCUCAGUCAAUCAUCUUACUUCAAACAUGGCUUUGUAAGAGAAGCUUGCAGGAUAAUCCUGAGCUGUCUGGCACAGCUACUGAAUAUGAAAUUAAGACUGUUUCUUAAUAAAUGAAAGGCUUUAAGUUACAUUACUUCAGUGUGAUGUCCUUGAAAGGAUAAGGUGCUCUGGUUUCCUGUUGGGCAAAACUCAAGGCAUGAUGCUCUGAGUCUGAAUUAUGAGGAUCAUCUUUUCUUCAUGGCAUCUGUGAAAGUGCUUGUUUUACUCAAACUCCUGAGAAGUGUGAAUGUUUCUUUGAUAAGGAUCGGCUAGUCAACUUUUAGUUGAGCAUGUCUGUGCCUUAAGUUCAAGCUUUCUCAUGCCAGAUUUAAUUGUACCUCAGCCAGUUAAUAGUUAGCUAUUAAAAUAAUAAGUUAUAUUAAAGUUUUAUUGCAUUAUAA